GGUAACAUCCUUUGUUUUGUCUCUUGGUUAAGUCUCACGUGAGAAUUGAACGAUUCAGAUGUGACAGUUUAUGUACGUCAUUGCAUGAAUUUUUUCAAUAAUAAUAAAAAUAAUUUCUGAUAAAUUAAUUAUCAUUAAAUAAAGAUAUUUUAUAUAAUAAAAGUGCAUAGAAUAUGUAUAAUAUUGUUUAAAUGGUAUCUCAAUACCAUCAAUCUCAUUGAAUUUGAUUAUGGACGUCAAUACAGAAAAACGUACGAAUUCGACUCCUAUAAAAAAUAGAAAAGCGAGUAAUAAAAAAAACACAAUAAAUGGUUAUGUAUCAGAAGAUACAAAUUCUAAUGCUACGUCAGAUUCGAUUGAAUUAUUUUCAGAUGAUGAAAAUGAAAAUGAUUUAAUAUAUUACACACCUAAUGUAUCCAAAUCUAUUGAAGCUUCAUUUUUAAAUAUAUCUGAAACAUCCUUAUCGCAUUCCAAUAAACAAGUCCUAAGAACUCCAAUAGAGAAAACUGCAGUUAUCCCGAGCACGCCGUUAAGUUUAAUACCAUUUAUAACAAAAAUUAAUGAACAAUGGACAUCUGAUUUAGAGACACCUCAAGCGGACAAAAGUGAUUGGAAACAGAUAGCUGUAGAUAGCUGUUUAACAACAUCAGAGAGUGUUGAAAAAUCUAUUUGUUCCAAACAAUGCACUCCAAAUAUCUCAAAUUUUAAAAAUGUACUCAAUGAACCUACUUCUACAUCUCCUGUGAUCAAUUGCACAAGAAUGAGACGAAGAACGAAAAGGAGAAUUUUUAAAACCAUUUCUAUUGCUGCAGACAGUGCAAUUGAUCCAGUUAACAGUGAACAUUUAAUUGCAUCAAAUAAUCAAGAUAAUAUUAAUAAAAAUGACAUUGUAGAUAUGGAUACGUGUGAUAAUAAAGAAAAACAAAAUAUUUCUCCGGAGGCUAAUAAUAUGCAGGAUUUUUUUUGUAAUGCUUCGUUUGCCAAUAUAGAUCAAAUUUGUGCAAACUUUGCUGAAAAGAAUGAUACAUGUAAUAUAGAAAAUAAUGAUAAACUAAGAUAUGUAGAAGAAAUAUCUAUUAAGGAUAAUAAUAAAGUAGAAAAGGAAAAUAUUGAUGUAGAUAAAAAUGAAUGGAAUGAAAAGAAAAUAUUACAUAGUGAUAAUAAAGUAACAUUAAGUGUAUCAAUGGAUAAUAUAGGAUUUUCUACUGCAAGUGGAAAACAUAUUUAUGUAUCAGAGUCUGCUAUAUCAAAUGCAAAAUCUUUACUUGAAAUGGAUGUAUCUUCUACGAGCAUUCAAUUGGAAAAUAAAAGUAAUUUACAUAGUAAUAAUCUUAAAGUAAAAAAAAAAUCAUCUUCGUCCUUUGUAACAGCAGGAGGUCGAUCUUUGAAUAUUUCUGAUAAAGCUUUAUCUAAAGCAAAGAAAAUGCUGAUUGAACAGUUAGAAGACAUACAAAUUAAUAAGAAUCUUACAAAUGAAUUUAAUAAGUCUGUUGAGACAAUAGAACUUUCCAAAAAUAUUAAUACAAAUUUGAAAAAGUCUCCCGUGGAGAAAACUAUAGUUUCAAACAUUGGAUUUACAACAGCAGCUGGUCGUAAAGUUGAUGUUUCAAAGGAAGCAAUGAACAAAGCUCAAAUUUUGCUUUCCGAUGAUAUAAAUAAUACUGACCGAUAUAACAAUUUUCAUAAUAAAUCAAUAAAUAAACGAAAAAGUCUACAUGUAUGCGAUGAUACCUUAGAUAAAUUAUCAUCUAACACAAAGAAAGUAAAACUGUGUAACAAAAAUAUCAUUGUUGAGAAAAAAAAUUCAAGUUUAUACGAAAAUACAGAAAAUACAGAAAAUACAGAAAAUACAAAAAAUACAGAAAGUGUUCAAACUAGUAAUACUUUUUCAAAUGAAAUAAUGGCUAGUACAGCUGCACUUUUGGCGGAUGAAAGGGACAAUGAUGAAAUUAUGGAAUGGAUUUCUCAAGUAGAAAAUUGUGAAAAUAAAACACCGUCUAGUCCUGUUAUUGGAAGACAACCUGUUGCACGAAAAAGGGGUAAAAAGAGAAAUUUACAAAAUAGUGACAAGCAGAAAGUUAUACUUACAGUUAAAAACGAUAUAAACGUUAAUGUAGAUAAAGAAAGUGUUAAAUCCGACAAUAGUUGUACAAAGGAACUUGUAUCAAUAAAAGAAAUAGAUAUAAAUAAUAUUGAUUUGCCAAAUAAUAAUGUUACAGAUAUUUUGCAAAGACGUCUUGAAGCUAUUUUAGAACAAGAAAAAAUAAUUAAAGAGAAAAAACUUGAUAGGCCUAAGGUUAUUAAAGGGCAAUUGUUUUCAUAUAAAGAAGAAAAUCAUAAUGCACGUUUAUCUUGGAAAAAACUUGUGGGUGAUGAUGUACCAAAGCUAUGCACUCAUGAAGAGCUUAUCAAUCGAGGUAUAUCGCCAGAAAUAUUAACAAUCACAUCUACCACAGCUCCAUCAUUCAAAUUCCGAUGUAUUGAUUUUUAUGGAGAAAAAAUUAUUCACAAUAAUUCAGGUAGUUUGGAGAUGGAAGAUGGUGGACAUCUAAUACCAAAUAAAGAUGAUUAUUUAGGAAUAUUAGAAAUUAAACGAUCCUUUCUUGCAAGUCCAGGAGUUGAUCCGAGUCUUCUUUCCAGUGAUUGGAUUGAAAAUCAUUAUAAAUGGAUUAUUUGGAAACUUGCAUCUAUGGAUAGAAUUAAAUUUAAUUCUAUCAAUUUACCAAGGUCAUUGACACCAGCUAACGUUAUGCUACAACUUAAAUAUCGUUACGAUCGUGAAAUUGAUAGAUCGCAAAGGUCGUGUUUAAGACGGAUUUUAGAAAAAGAUGAUAGUGCAUCUAAACGAAUGGUUUUAUGCGUAUCAUCUCUUAAUGAGUCUAAAGAUGAGGAAAACAUAGAAACAAGUUCAAAAGUAUUAAAUAUAAAUCAUUGGAAAAUGAUUUUAACGGACGGAUGGUAUAGUAUUCCUGCUUUUGUUGAUACGACCAUGAUGAAUUACAUAGCUUCUGGGAAAAUAUGCGAAGGUAUUAAAUUAAUAACAUUUGGAGCAGAAUUGUUGAAUCUUGAUCAGGGAUGUUCUCCAUUAGAGAUUCCACACGAUGUAUCUUUAAAAAUUCAUACCAAUUCAACCAGAAGAGUUAGAUGGGACACUAAAUUGGGAUAUACGCGUUGUCCUGGACCUAUGCUCAUUAAAUUAAGAAAUGUUUGUCCUAAUGGUGGUUUAAUUGGUAAACUUAAAGUUUUGAUCACUAGAACAUAUCCAAUGUUGUAUCAUGAAAAAAAUGCUUCUGGAGAAUCUAUUUUUCGAAAUAGUCGAUGCGAAGAGAAAGCUAAUAUUGCUUAUGAAGAACAAUGUAGAUCGAAAGUAGAAGCAUUUUAUGCCGAAGCUGAACAAAAGUUUGACUCUGUUAGAAGUGAUACUUUCGAAUCUGAUAGUAUCGAUUUAAAACUAGACAAAGAAAAAUUAUUAAAUCAUGAUUGUACAGUAGAGGAGUUCAAACAAGAAUUGGAAUCAAAGUUACGUGAAAGUAUGCCACCACCUCGGCAAGUUUCAUCGGUUCUUAAAGUUCGCGCGAACGAAGAUGAUACUAGUGCAAUAUUAACGAUUUGGUCUCCUAGUGAAGAUAUCGUCGAUAUUUUUAAAGAAGGAACUUACAUAUCGAUUCAUAAUAUAUUUGCUUCAGGCAAACGAGCCGGUGACCUACAGCUUACAGCAUCACGAAAUACAUUGUUCAAUAAAGAAGGAAUAUGUAAAGAUUUUCAUCAAUCUCGUAUAUAUACUCCAUUGUGGAAUAUAAUCGAUCCUUCGUUUAAUCCACUUUAUGGAGAAUUCGAUACAAUAGGAAUCGUUUCGUCGAUCGUUAAUAGUCCUUAUGGCAUGAAAAAUUUUGAUGCCGUUAAUAUAGCAUGUCCACAUGAUAAUACAAAAGAUGACGAUACAUCGGGAUCUUCGUAUUUAUCAAUUUUAUUUUGGCAAGGCGUAUCUACUUUUGGAUAUACAGAAAUCCUUACUAUAGGUUCCCUUAUAGCCUGUAGCAAUUUAGAAUGGAGACGUGCUACCUCUUGGAAUAUACCAGUAGCAUAUUGUACAGAUAGAAGCGUAUUUACGCGUAAUCCACGUCAUAAUCAUCUUUGUCAAGCUUUUGAAGAUAUAAAGAAUUUAAUUAAGAUACCUUAUGCGAGCUAUGCUGUCGAAUGUGCAGAAGAUAUCUCAUUGGAAAUACAAAAAAAAACAACUUCACGAACAUCCUUGUAUAUCACUCCUGAUAAAAAUAACCCAGAUAAAGAGCCAUUGAAUACAAAUUUAUCAAAAUCAAUAGGCCCUAAUUCUCGUUCCGAUACACGAAAUUCUUCUUCUGUUAGAUCAGCAGCUAUACAAAGACGUUUAGAAAAACUUCAUUAUUAUAGUAACCCACCUGAACUUUCUCCGAUUGUUCUUAAAAAUAGUUCGAGCCGAGUGUCUCUUGAUUUUCGCUCGCCCGUACGUAAUGACGAUUUAAAACCAACGAAACUUAAUCUCGAUCCUUAAUGAUAUUGAGUUUGAACAGUUCUCUUCUCUUUCUUUCUUUGUUUUUUUUUUGUUUUCUUUUAUUAUUUUUUAUAUUACUCUUUUUUUCCUGAAAAUAUACAAGUUACCAUGCCAUUUCUUUAAUGGUCAUAUAUUUGAUGAAGUGAAUUAUGUGUGAAUUAAUUUCUAAGUAAUAUCAAUAUAGAAGUGAGAAAUAAUUUCUAUUUUUUUUUUUAUAUAUUUUAUGUGAAUAAAUGUCAAUAUAUGUAAAAUAUAAAUCGUUUAUGUCAAUAAGAAAACUUAUUUUUAAAUGUAAUAGUUUGAGGUAUUACUUAUAAAAGAAAAUAUGAGCGACUCAAAGUUCAGUCCAUUCCAAAAAGUAAUUUCCUUUUAUCUAUAAAUAAAAAUACAUUUGAAAUGCGAGAGAAAAGAAAGAUUAGGGAUUUAAUAUAAAUAAAAUUUAUUGUUCGUAAAAAUAAAAUUUUUUAUGCCGUAUAUAUUAAUGCGUAGAAAUAUUUACCAUUAAUGCGUAUUUACGUUUUAAUAAAAUAAAGAAAUAAAAGUAAUAAAUUUACUGUUGUUUACUCU